AUGCCAUUAUCCCAACCGCCGCCACCGUCAGACUUAGUAAGCAACGACGAAUUGGCAGCAAUCAAACUUAAAAGCUCUGGCCCAACAGCUUUCGCCAGUGUUUUGUUGAGAAAUCUAUUCACUUUGGACGAAAUGAAAGGACAAAAUUGUCAUGGUUUGGCGAAGAAAGGAAAGCUUAACAAAGAAAAACUCGACAAAAUACAGGAGUACGUGUACAAAUACUAUCCGGACACGCCUGAGCAGUUAAGUCGUACGUGGGCAUGUUGUACCCAAACCAUUGACUCCUAUAUAAGAAAUAAGCAGCACAAAGCUAAAAACAUUUAA